AAGUUCGGACGUUUGCUUGGUCGCCAUUUAAAACGUACUAAACCAAAACAAUGUAUUUUUGACCAAAAACGGUCAUAUUGUGGUUGUUGAACGUUAGCGUUUGUGGUGUAAUGUUUGCCGGUUUAUUUGUAAUGUUUUUUUAUUUGUCACUUGGCGUUGUCGUUUAAAUAAAAUUAUUAUUUUCCGCGUUUAUGCGACAUUGUUGUGUGCCCCUCUCUCUGAUAUUUCUGAACAAUGUCGUGCAGCGAUGAUAGCAUAAUCGAUUUGUCCAGCGAAUCGGAGGCCGAAGAAGAAAACGACCGACAAGAAUACGACGACGAUGCGGUCGUCGACGAACAAAAUGUCGAAGAUGUAAUUCUAGUCUCCGAAUAUGAUGUAAGUUUGGAGUACGACGAAGAAGAAGAUGAAGAGCUAUACGAGCGGUCGGGAAAGAAAAAGAAAAAAGUCGAGCGAUACGGCGGUUUCAUCAUCGACGAGGCAGAGGUCGACGAUGAAGUGGAAGAAGAAGACGAAUGGGAAGAAGGUCCUGUCGAUACCAGUAUUGUUGCCAAUGAAGAAGACGAAUCGGGUCCUACCGCUAGAGAAAUCGAAGGGCACAGGCGCGGAAACGAUCUUUGGGAUUCAAAAAACGAGGACGAAAUCGAAGAGUAUUUACGUAGAAAGUAUUCGGACGACACUUCGGUCGCCAUCAAACAUUUUGGAAACGCCGGCGUAGGACUUAUCAGUGAAAUCACAAAGCAGACACUUUUACCGGGUGUCAAAGAUCCAAAUUUGUGGAUGGUCAAAUGUCGUAUCGGCGAAGAAAAACAGACAGCCUUAUUGUUGAUGAGAAAGACGAUUGCUUAUCAAUUUACAGACAACCCGUUACAAAUCAAAUCUGCGGUGUCGCCCGAAGGCGUAAAGGGCUAUAUUUAUAUCGAGGCGUACAAACAGACUCACGUCAAGUCGGCGAUUGAAAAUAUUAGCAGUCUUAAAAUGGGCAUUUGGAAACAGCAAAUAGUGCCCAUCAAUGAAAUGACAGACAUACUGAAAGUCGUUAAAAUACAAUCCAGUUUCCAACCUAAGCAAUGGGUUCGAUUUAAAAAAGGUUAUUACAAAGACGACAUUGCCCAAGUAGAUUAUAUGAAUAUGGCCCAGAGUAACGUACACCUGAAAUUGAUACCGAGAAUAGAUUACACGAAGCUUCGCGGCGCAUUGAGAUCUACGAUGGGUCCGGAUUAUCUAAAAAGGAAAAGGAGGAGACGUCCGGGUGCCAAACUGUUUGACCCGGAAGCAGUCCGCGCUAUCGGCGGCGAAGUGACCAGUGACGGGGAUUUUAUGGUAUUCGAAGGAAAUCGCUACAACCGCAAAGGGUUUCUGUUCAAAGAUUUCUAUAUCAACCUAAUCUCGACCGAAGAAGUCCAACCCACGUUAUCAGAACUUGAAAAAUUUGAAGACGCUACCGAAAACGAAGACAUUGCCGUGCCAAUUAUAAACACAGAUAAUUCAGCCAACAAUCAAGCCAUAAGCGGUGGCGAUAAUGUUGAAGUCUGUACAGGAGAACUGAUCAAUCUUCGAGGCAAAGUAUUGUCGAUUGACGGAAAUAUGGUCACCAUCAUGCCGGAACACAAAGACCUCAAGCUGCCGUUAGAGUUUACCGCUAACGAAUUAUGCAAAUACUUCAAACAAGGUGACCACGUCAGAGUGUUGGGCGGACGCUUUAAAGGAGACACCGGACUCGUUGUACGUGUCACACACAAGUGUGUCGUAAUGUUUUCCGAUGUGUCGAUGCAUGAAAUGGAAGUUUUACCUCGUGAUUUACAAUUGUGUAAGGACACGGCGUCCGGAGUGGAUUCGAUCGGACAAUUUCAAUGGGGUGAUCUUGUUCAGUUAGACCUUAACAACGUUGGGGUUAUAGUGCGAAUCGAGCAUGAAAAAGUACAAGUACUAAGUAUGACAGGAAAAUUAAUCAAAGCGAAAUCACAAACCCUGUUAAAAAAAAAGGAACACAAAAACACGAUUGGUGUGGACGCGCAUGGCAAUUCUUUACAAAGGAAAGAUGUGAUCAAAGUCAUCGACGGACCACACACGGGAAUGCAAGGAGAAAUCCAACAUCUUUAUCGUCAUCAUGUAUUUUUAUACUCUCGCCUGAUGACUAAUAACGGAGGGAUUUUCGUAUGUCGAUUAAGACAUGUUACGUUGGCUGGGAAUUCGAUUGACAAAUCAACUAGCCUGCAAAAUGGAUCAUCAACCCUGGGAAUUACAUCUCCUCGUCAUAUACCCGGUUGUCCGUCGGGUUACGGCAGAUACGGUGGCGGCGUCAGUUACGAAUCGAGAAAAUUUGAUGGCGUACGCAGAGACAAAGAGCUGAUUGGACAAACAAUACGGAUCACCAGCGGUCCGUACAAAGGAGCUGUUGGCAUGGUUAAAGACUCGACCGAGUGUACGGCUAGGGUCGAGCUGCAUUCGCCUUGUCAAACCAUAUCGGUCGAUAAGAGAAACAUCAUGAUGGUCGGCGGACAACAGUCCAAGGACAGGAGAACAAUGCCGUCGUCCACCAAGACAUCGCUGAAUGUUGUCCCCAUGACGCCUAGUUACCGCGAAGGAGGCAAGACUCCCAUGUACGGAUCGAUGACGCCCAGCUAUGAAGUCGGUAGUCGUACUCCGGCCUACGGUAACAUGACACCUUCUCAUGACACGACAAUCUCUUCACUAGCGUGGGAUCCCGCAGCGGGAUAUACUCCCGCCAGAGACAGCGACACUGAUCACUCGUACCAAUUGGAUCAUAACUAUUCACCGUUUGAACCAGAAUCUCCGUCCAGUUGUGAAUUCAAUGGCAAUAACCCCUUCCUAAACGCAUUGAGCCCUACGCACGUUAGUCCGCUUAAUAUCGACUAUCAUCCCCGUCCGUCACCUUCAUCUUAUUAUCCGUUUUUGAUGACCUCGUCACCGUCAAGUUCUCCCGGACCCGCGGCUCCUUUUUUAACGUUGUUUGACUUGCCAUCUGGUUGGCACACUACUGGUGUUUACGUCCAUAUAACUGAUUCAGAACUAGCCGCAAAGACUGGAAUCGUUAAAAAAGUAGAAGACAGUACAUGCACUGUGUAUUUACCGGACAAUGGACAAACGGUAACAGUCGAUAAUGAAAAGUUGGAGCCUGUUAUGCCCAAAUUGAAUGAUUUUGUAAAAAUACUGUGCAAUCAACACAAAGACAAGAUAGGAAAUAUGGUGGCCAUAGAGGGCAGCGAAGGAUUGGUCGUGUUGCAUGACGAAAAAAACCCAUUACUUUUUCCACUGGUGCAUUUAUGUCGAGCCAUUUAAAAGUCAAGUAUUUGUUAUUAACAAAAGUUAAGAGUAAUGUUGAAAUUACAUUUUUU